AUGAAUAAAUCCAUUAGAUCGCCGCUUAACCAAUCAAAUAAUAAUAAUAAAUAUAGCAAAACGACCAAUUGUGGAAGUAAUUAUAAUUCUAAUCAUAACAACAAAGUAAGAAGCGGAAGUUGUAGCUCUCAUACCAGCGAAAGGAAAAGCGGGAACAAUAGCAGAAAUAGCUGCAUAAAUAAUAGCAGCAACAACAACGGCACUAGUAACAGUAACAUUAAUAGUAAUAACAACAGCACUAUCAACAACAAUAACAACAGCACUAUCAACAAUAAUAACAACAGUACUAUCAACAGUAAUAACAACAGCAGUAACAGCAAUAGCAAUGAUGAUUACUACUCAAUACUCGAGGACCUGGCAAAGUCAGAAAAAACAAAAUUUAGAUCGGUUAAAGAUAGCAUGGAUGAAAAUUUAAAUUUAGAAUUUUUAAGAUCCUCAAGUGAGAACUACACUUACAAAAUUACAUCAAGAGGCCCCGUUUGUUACUCCGCUAUUUACAGAGAUGACAAGUACGUUUACCGUCACGUAAUUUUGAGCGAUAAUGUCAGACAGUAUGCUGAAAACAAAGUGAGAAAAACAAACGCAUUUUUAACUGAACAUUGUAUUGUCAAUGAAUUGCAGAUUGAUAUUGGUAAAGGGUGGAAGCAUUUCAUGAUUUAUGAUGGUAAAAUAAGAGAGCUUAUUUUGAGAAAAGUGUUAACUGCAGAAGAUAAAUUAAGAAUGGCUGUUCAUACGCAAAAAUAUAACUGA